AUGACUUCCUCCUACCUGUUAGCUCUCCUUCUUGGCCUGCUCGCGGUGGUUCUCACCAGGCCGGCCGUUGGAGAUAACGCCGGUGAGCCUCAACCUCCAAACCCACCAUCAAUUCCAAUUUACAAACCCCCCAAGCUUCCCCUAGUUCCCAUAUACAAACCACCCAAACCUCCCGGUCCAUUUCACAAACCACCUAAGCCUCCGAUAGCUCCAAUUCACAAACCACCCAAGCCUCCACUCCACAAACCACCAAAGCCUCCGGUCGGUCCAAUACACAAACCACCCAAGCCUCCGGUCGGUCCAGUUGACAAACCACCUAAGCCUCCUGUGGGUCCAGUUGAGAAACCACCAAAGCCUCCAGUUGAUCCAAUUCACAAGCCACCCAAGCCUCCGGUCGAUCCAAUUGACAAACCACCAAAGCCUCCGGUUGGUCCAAUUGAUAAACCACCAAAGCCUCCUGUUGGUCCAAUAGACAAACCUCCCAAGCCUCCAAUCGGUCCAAUUGACAAACCUCCCAAGCAUCCAAUUGGUCCAAUUGAUAAACCACCAAAGCCUCCACUCGGUCCAAUAGACAAACCUCCCAAGCCUCCAGUUGGUCCAAUAGACAAACCACCAAAGCCUCCACUUGGUCCAAUAGACAAACCUCCCAAGCCUCCGGUCAGUCCAAUAGACAAACCACCAAAGCCUCCAGUCGGUCCAAUUGACAAACCGCCCAAGCCUCCAGUCGGUCCAAUUGACAAACCGCCCAAGCCUCCAGUCGGUCCAAUUGACAAACCACCAAAGCUUCCAAUCGGUCCAAUUGACAAACCUCCCAAGCCUCCAGUCGGUCCAAUUGACAAACCACCCAAGCCUCCGAUCGGUCCAGUUGACAAACCACCAAAGCCUCCAGUCAGUCCAAUUGACAAACCUCCCAAACCUCCAGUCGGUCCAAUUGACAAACCACCCAAGCCUCCGGUCGGUCCAGUUGACAAACCACCAAAGCCUCCAGUCAGUCCAAUUGACAAACCUCCCAAACCUCCAGUCGGUCCAAUUGACAAACCACCCAAGCCUCCGGUCGGUCCAAUUGACAAACCACCAAAGCCUCCAGUCAGUCCAAUUGACAAACCUCCCAAACCUCCAGUCGGUCCAAUUGACAAACCACCCAAGCCUCCGGUCGGUCCAGUUGACAAACCACCAAAGCCUCCAGUCAGUCCAAUUGACAAACCUCCCAAACCUCCAGUCGGUCCAAUUGACAAACCACCCAAGCCUCCGGUCGGUCCAGUUGACAAACCACCAAAGCCUCCAGUCAGUCCAAUUGACAAACCUCCCAAACCUCCAGUCGGUCCAAUUGACAAACCACCCAAGCCUCCGGUCGGUCCAGUUGACAAACCACCAAAGCCUCCAGUCGGUCCAAUUGACAAACCACCCAAGCCUCCGGUCGGUCCAGUUGACAAACCACCAAAGCCUCCAGUCAGUCCAAUUGACAAACCUCCCAAACCUCCAGUCGGUCCAAUUCACAAACCACCCAAGCCUCCAGUCGGUCCAAUUCACAAGCCAUCAAAGCUUCCAGUCGGUCCAAUUCACAAACCACCCAAGCCUCCGGUCGGUCCAAUUGACAAACCACCCAAGCCUCCAGUCGGUCCAAUUAACAAACCACCAAAGCCUCCAGUCGGUCCAAUUCAUAAACCACCCAAGCCUCCAAUUGGUCCAAUUCACAAACCACCCAAGCCUCCAGUCGAUCCAAUUGACAAACCACCAAAGCCUCCUGUCCGUCCAAUUGACAAACCACCCAAGCCUCCAAUUGGUCCAAUUCACAAACCACCAAAGCCUCCAGUCGGUCCAAUUCAUAAACCACCCAAACCUCGAGCAGCUCCAAUUGAAGUUGGUAAGGCCACCAGUGGCAACUAA